CGCCGCACAGAUGGGGGAAAGCAGGAGUAAUGGUUUUCGGGCAAGUGGAUGCUGGAGAGCACACACAGGAGUUGGGGAGCGGGGGGUGGGUGCCUGGGCUUAGGGAGGGCUCGAACUCGGGCCUGCUGUGUAGUCCAAGAGGGCGCGGUAAGACUGGGGUGUCCUGGUGAGACCUGGAGAGGAUCUGCCUGGCCUGUGAGGAAACACCGGUCUCCCAGGCACCCUCACCUAACCAGAGCGGGGAUUUCCACCGCCCCUCCCGUCGCCCUUUGGAAGAAAGUGAAAGUGAAAGGAGGAAGAGGAGGGUUGCUGGUUGAGGAGGUCGCAGAGCCAUGAAGUCGCUGUCUCUGCUCCUCGCUGUGGCUUUGGGGCUGGCGACCGCCGUCUCGGCAGGACCCGCGGUGAUCGAGUGUUGGUUCGUGGAGGAUACGAGCGGAAAGGGCCUGGCCAAGAGACCCGGUGCACUGCUGUUGCGCCAGGGACAGGGGGAACCGCCGCCCCGGCCGGACCUCGACCCUGAGCUCUACCUCAAUGUGCACGACCCCACGGGCUCCCUCCAGGCUGCCUUCAGGCGGUACCCCCGGGACGCCCCCGCACCACACUGUGAGAUGAGCCGCUUCGUCCCUCUCCCCGCCUCUGCGAACUGGGCCAGCGGCCUGACCCCGGCGCGGAACUGCCCGCGGGCCCUGGAUGGGGCUUGGCUGAUGGUCAGCAUGUCCAGCCCAGUCCUCAGCCUCUCCAGCCUCUUGCGACGACAGCCAGAGCCUCAGCAGGAGCCUGUUCUCAUCACCAUGGCAACAGUGGUACUGACUGUCCUCACCCGUACCCCUUCCCCUCGAGUGAGACUGGGACAAGAUGCUCUGCUGGACUUGAGCUUUGCCUACAUGCCCCCUACCUCUGAGGCCGCCUCAUCUCUGGCUCCGGGUCCCCCUCCCUUUGGGCUAGAGUGGCGACGCCAGCACCUGGGUAAGGGACAUCUGCUCCUGGCUGCAACUCCUGGGCUGAAUGGCCAGAUGCCAGCAGCCCAAGAAGGGGCCGUGGCAUUUGCUGCUUGGGAUGAUGAUGAGCCAUGGGGCCCAUGGACCGGAAAUGGGACCUUCUGGCUGCCUAGAGUUCAACCCUUUCAGGAGGGCACCUAUUUGGCCACCAUACACCUGCCAUACCUGCAAGGACAGGUCACCCUGGAGCUUGCUGUAUACAAACCCCCCAAAGUGUCCCUGAUGCCAGCAACCCUUGCAUGGGCCGCCCCAGGGGAGGCACCCCCGGAGUUGCUCUGCCUUGUGUCCCACUUCUACCCUUCUGGGGACCUGGAGGUGGAGUGGGAACUCCGGGGUGGCCCAGGGGGCCGCUCUCAGAAGGCCGAGGGGCAGAGGUGGCUUUCGGCCCUGCGCCACCAUUCCGAUGGCUCUGUCAGCCUCUCUGGGCACUUGCAGCCGCCUCCAGUCACCAUUGAACAGCAUGGGGCACGCUAUGCCUGUCGAAUUCACCAUCCCAGCCUGCCUGCCUCGGGGCGCAGCGCUGAGGUCACCCUGGAGGUAGCAGGUCUCUCAGGACCCUCCCUCGAGGACAGCAUAGGCCUUUUCCUGUCUGCCUUUCUUCUGCUCGGGCUCUUCAGGGCGCUGGGCUGGGCUGCUGUCUACCUGUCCACUUCCAAGGAUUCAAAGAAGAAAGCAGAGUGAGGGCACUCACCUCCAUCCUGUGGAAGCCACCAUCAUCUCUGGCCCAAGCGUCUGUAGUAGCUCCCCAAAAUAAUACCCCAUCAUCUGUUCCUACUCCCUCCAGUCUCUCUCCACUGAGUGGCCGGAAUGCUUUUCUUUUUUUUUCACUUAUACAGAGAGAAUUUUUUUUUUUUUUUUUUUUUUUAGACAGUCUUACUCUCUUGCCCAGGCUGCAGUGCAGUGGCGUGAUCUUGGCUCACUGCAACCUCCGCCUCCUGGGUUCAAGCAAUUCUCUGGUUUCAGCCUCUGGAGUAGCUGGGAUUAUAGGCACAUGCCACCACACCAGCGAAUUUGUGUAUUUUUAGUAGAGACAGGGUUUCACCAUUGGCCAGGCUGGUCUUGAAUUCCUGACCUCAGGUGAUCCGCCCUCCUCAGCCUCCCAAAGUGCUGGGAUUACAGGCGUGAGCCACCACACCAGGCCCAAGAAAUGUUUUUUUAAAAAACACACAUCUUACGGCAUUCACCUUCUUGGAGCUCUAGGACAGUGGUUCUCAAAAGCUUUUCUCUCAGGGCCUCUUAAAAAUCAUCAAGGACCCCAAUAAAGCUUUUGGGUAUAUGGGUUAUAGCUAUCAAUAUUUAUGGUAUUAGAACUUAAAACAGAAAAAUUGAAAACAUGCGAAUACAUAGGCACACAUUCCAUUCAUUGUGGGAACCAUGGUGUCAAUACAUAUGAUGUAGCUUCUGAAAAACUCCACUGUACACUCUUAUAGAAUGAAGACGGCAAAAAACUUUUUUUUUUUUUUUUUUUUUGAGACGGAGUCUCGCUCUGUUGCCCAGGCUGAAGUGCAGUGGCGAGAUCUCGGCUCACUGCAAGCUCCGCCUCCUGGGUUCAUGCCAUUCUGGUGCCUCAGCCUCCCGAGUAGCUGGGACUACAGGCGCCCGCCACCACGCCUGGCUAAAAUUUUGUAUUUUUUAGUAGAGACAGGGUUUCACCGUGUUAGCCAGGAUGGUCUCGAUCUCCUGACCUCGUGAUCCACCCGCCUCGGCCUCCCUGUGUUGGGAUUAGUGGCGUUAGCCACCGCGCCCGGUCGCAAAUAACAUCUUAAUUUCGUUAUAAAAAAUAGUCUUAAUCUCACAUACCCCCUGACAUAGUCUCAGCGACCUGUAGGGCCGAGGUUACACUUGGAGAACCCGUGCUCUAGGGCCAAACCCAUUCUUCUUGCCCUGGCCCAUGUGUCCCCCCCACCGCCCCCGCUGCAGCCACUGCCUAAUUCUCCAGUCCUAGAUGGUGCUCGCCAGCCCUCCUCUCAGUGCUCAUCACACACAGAGCUAUUCCUUUCCUCCAAUGAACCAACCGCCUCCCGCCCACCUCCAGUUCCCAGCCCUCUGUUCCAUUUGCCUGGUCCACCCUCGGCCUCCCUGGGUCGCAGACGAGGUCGGCCUCGUCAUUCCCCGCAGACCGCCGCGCGUCCCUCUUGUGCGGUUCACCACAGUUGUAUUUUAAGUGAUCAUGUGAGUCGUCGUUAAAUGCCCGUCUCCCCGCGGAUCAUGGGCUCCUCGAGGACAAGGACCGGCCUGUCUGUCCCCUGCUGUAACCCCGCGCCGGCAUAGGGACGUAAGGCCCCAUUGGAGGGCGCUCUUCAAAUAGCUGCUGGAUAUUGACGAAGGAAGCGGCGGCGCAGCUCAGGGAUCUCCGAGUCAGGACUGUUGGCCAGACCGACUGGGUAACGGGUCUGAUGGUGUGGGAAUAAAGUUGUAUUCCCGUUCUUCCAAA